AUGGAACUAGCUAGUGAUGUUCUUUGUCAAUGUGAUUGUGAGCUUGUGCUAAUGAUCUUUGAAUAUUUAAUGUGUAGGCAUGAGGCAAAGUGCAUUGAAGUAAUUGUUGACACAGUUUUGGAGAGGUUGCAUCAAGAUGUUUCAAAUCUGAAUAUUUCAAAUGUGAAUGGCAACCUGAUCGGAAUAGAGGCUCGCAAGCAAGGAUUGAUUUCAGCAUUCGAACUUGGUUUUGAUGGUGUGUGCAUGGUUGGAAUAUGGGGGGUUGGGGGUGGUGGCAAGACUACUCUUGCCUCUUCUGUUUAUGAUGACAUCUCUAGCAAUUUUGAUAGUUGUUGCUUUAUAAAAAAUGUUCGGGAGGGAUCAUGUAAUAAAGACGGUUUAGAAAGAUUGCAAGAAAAAAUUCUUUGUGGUGUUUUGAAACAAGAACAAGUGCAUGUAACGAGAGUUGAGGAAGGAAAACACAUGAUAAGGCUUAGGUUAUGCCAUAAAAAGGUGUUGAUUGUUCUUGAUGAUGUUGAUCACCUUGACCAACUAGAAGCAUUAGCUGGAUCAGGAAACUGGUUUGGUGAAGGAAGCCGAAUAAUAAUCACGACUAGAGAUCAACAUUUGUUAGUUGCACACAGAGUAAAUGUGAUACACAAUAUUUGCUUGUUAAAUGAUGAUGAGGCCACCAACCUCUUUCGCAAGCAUGCACCCCGGAAUGGCAGACCUAUAGAAGACUAUGAGCUGCUUUCAAAAGUGGUGGUCUAUUAUGCUGGUGGGCUUCCAUUAGCACUUAGAAUUCUCAGUAGUUUUCUAUGUGACAAAGAGAUGAAUGAGUGGAGGAGUGCCUUGGCUAGAUUGAAAGAAAUUCCAUAUGCUAAUAUUUUGGAAGUUCUAAAAAUUAGCUUUGAUGGACUUACAAAGGUUGAGAAAGAGUUGUUCCUUGAUAUUGCACGUUUCUUCGGAAGGGGGUUUAAAAUUGAACGUGCAAUGUUGAUACUUGAUGCUUGUGGCUUUCACCCUCUUAGAGGCAUAAAGGUGCUGGUACAAAAGGCUCUCAUAACUAUUACAGAAGAUGGAGAGUUUGAUAUGCAUGACUUGGUACAAGAAUUGGCACACUACAUUGUUAGAGGAGAACACCCUAAAAAUCCUGAAAAACAUAGUAGGAUAUGGAAGAAGGAAGAUGUUCUAAAAAUAUAUGCAAUGGAUGCAACGAUGGCAGAUGAUUCUGAUAUGUUGCUGCCAGAAACCAAUGAGAUGGACUACUACAACAGCGUGACACGUCUAGAUUGUGGCACUUCUCACGGGUAUGAUCAGACAGCUGAUUCUGAUGAUGAGGAUGAGGAUGGAGACACAAGACUGAACCCUGUGCCUAAGGAGGCAGAGAAAAAUGACAGGAUAGACAGGGAGAUUUUGAAGAUGUUGGAAAAGGGGAAGAACAAGGUAGAGAUGGAGGUUGUGGAUCAGAUGGAAACAAUGGAAGAUAGGAUUGUAAAUAGAAUGAAAGGGUUUCUUCACGAGAGGAUAGAUAGGUUGGAGGAUAAAAUGGUGGAGAGGAUGGAUAUGUUGGAGAAUAGAAUGAUGAAGAUGGAAGGGAUUGUUGUGAAAAGGAUGGAGAGAUUGACAAAUAAAACGGUGGAGAUGGAAGGAGGGGUUGUGCAGAGGAUUGAGAGGUUGACAAAUAAAAUGGUGGAGAGAAUGGAUAUGUUGGAGAAUAGGGUGGGAGAUGUCGACAAAUAA